AUGUCUGAAGCAACUCAGGAGCCUAUCAACAACAGAAAGGGAGCAAAGAAGCAUAAAUUCACACCAGAAGAAGAUCAGUUACUCUUAGAUCUUGUCAAGAAAUAUGGUUUAUUUGACUGGGAGUCCAUUGCCGAAGAGAUGGAAGAUAGAACGGCGCGCCAAUGCAGAGACAGAUGGAACUAUUACUUGAAUCCAGAUGUCAGAAAUAAUAAUUGGACAGAAGAAGAAGAAAAAUUAUUAUUAAAGAAAUAUGCAAGAUAUGGUCCAAAAUGGUCCUUAAUAUCAAAGUUCUUUGAUAAUAGAACAGAUGUUAACAUUAAGAACCAUUAUAUAGUCAUGCAGAGGAAGACGGCAAGAAAUGAUCAACCUCCAAAGAUUAAAACCAUUCCUCCUGAAGUCCGCAGAAUUGCCUUACAAUCAACUAUGGAGCCCAACCAUGAAUAUUUCGAUUUUCAUUGGCAUGAAAACCAAUUUUCUGUUGAAUUUUAA